AUGCCGAACUCACCUAAUCCAAGUCGACGGGCCUCCAGAGCUCGGUCUUCUGUGUCUGAUGCGACACCAACUGCAAAUACUCGAAACGCGAAGCGGAAGAGAGAUGAGGAAGAGGGAGAGAAUCACCCGAAGAAGGCGGCGUCCACUGCCGAAGAGAUUCUUGACUGGUUUGACCGGGAAGCUAUUGGCCAGAAGAUGGCCGGGGCCGCCGAGAGAUACGAGACGGCUAUGAAGCAGGUGUCUGUGUGGACGGAGGAGGUGAAGAAAGAAGAGGCUUGCCGCAACAAGCUCCAGCGUCUGCUCGAAAUCAGCAAGGGGUACGAGGAGUGUAAGGACGCCAAGAAGAGGGCCAACACAGCCACUCAGGAGGCGGAGGCCGACAUGGAACGUUUUCUUCAGGAGAGUGUCGAUUAUGGCGCUGGUAUCCUCUACGAGAAACAAACGUUCGGUAUAUUAUCUUUGGAGGCGCCGGUCGCUUUUGCUAAGUCACAUGCGCUAUCCUUCAUGGCCGAGGGCAUCCAGCCGGGCAGACCAGAUACGACAAGAAUUCGAACCUUUUGCCAUGACUGUCCACGCAACAAGAGACCAACGGUAUAUCCGAGUUGA